AUGGAUCAUUAUGCACGCAUGCUACGUAUUGCGGAGAGGUAUCGAGUCCUGGGGUGGUCAGUCAAUGAGGAGAGGGAGUGUUAUCGGCUUUUCUUCAACCUUUGUCGUGAAACUCUCGAUGUCAACGUACCUACCUACUUCCGAGAGUUACUCACGUUUCUUGGGUCUCCCGGUGUCAACGUGCAUGCAGACUCGGGGAGGCCCGGCGCAAGAUUCGAUGACCCGAUCAUGUUUGACGACACAAAUAAGGAAAUUGUUGUUGGCGAUAGACCCAACGGGGCUGACGGUGCUGACUGGGUUGACGGGACUGACUGGGCUGAGUACAUAAACGGCGGCGCCAAUGAUGUGCAUGAACAAGUUGAUCACGCAAGAGUGGAAGAACAUGACAAGGAGUACAUGGAGGACCCCGUCUAA